AUGGAUCCUCAACACCACCUUCGAAAUCACUCCUUAGACCCUGAUCCCCAACUUCCCUCCAUUAAAAUUCACCAUCCAGCCUCCCCUCGCCACCCCUCCGCUACCACCCCCGUCGCCACCCCCACUCCCACUGCUGGCGCCCGCCGCAAGGUUGGCGUCGCCGUCGACCUCUCCGAAGAGAGUGCUUUUGCUGUCCGCUGGGCUGUCCAACACUACCUUCGUCCUGGCGAUGCUGUUAUUCUUCUCCAUGUCAGCCCUACUUCCGUGCUCUUCGGCGCCGAUUGGGGCUCCAUCGAUAUUUCUCUCAACACUGUUGAUGAUAAUCCCGACGAUGAGGAUGCAGCUGAUGGUGAAAACAAUCAAAAUCAGAACCGGGCCGAGCGGUCGAAGCGUAAAUUGGAGGACGAUUUUGAUGCCUUUACUGCCUCGAAAGCUGCCGAUCUAGCCAAACCUAUUAAAGAUGCUCAAAUUCCUUACAAGAUUCACAUAGUGAAGGAUCAUGACAUGAGAGAGAGGCUGUGUUUGGAAGUUGAGAGAUUAGGGCUCAAUGCCCUAAUCAUGGGAAGUCGCGGCUUUGGUGCAGCGAAGCGCGGUACCGACGGCGGCCUUGGGAGCGUUAGCGACUAUUGCGUUCAUCAUUGUGUUUGUCCUGUGGUGGUGGUUCGGUUUCCGGAUGAGAAGGACGGCGGUUUUAGCGGCAGUGCUGCGGUGGCUCUGAAGGAUGAAGGCGACUCUGAGAUGAAGUCUGAAACUUCGGAAGCGGCAGAGUCUUAAGGUUAGACAUCUCUGUUUGUCGUGAUUGCUUCUUGUAUUUUAAUGGGUUUUCUUGGUUUGUUUUCUGAAGCUUGAAGCGAUUAUCAGCUGUAGUUUAGUUUUCCAUUUGGAACAAAGUUGAUGUAUAUCAGAAUGCUAUGAAAUUUGCUGGAUACGUACCACUUUCAUGUUUGUUUUGAGAGGUUUGUCUAUGGCGGACUUGUUUCUGUUCUCCAUUUCAAUAACUUAAUGUAAUAUGUUAUAUGUAGUUGAACACGGAACAUAUUGUGUGUUGAUUGUAUAUAUUUUCAUUUGGAUUGGGGAAAUUUUUGGAA